GCUCUAGCAGGGUACUCCCUUUUUCUGUCACAUGAUUAUUGAUCAGCUGAUCCUGAUGCUGAUGGCAAUUGUAUAGUCAAGCUUGAACGUCUCUUAUUGUGUAAAUAAAAUUAUUUAAAAAGUUUAAAUUGUAAUCAGUUUUGUAAAAUAAUUCUUGUAAAUAAAAUGUUGCCGUUACUAUUUCUUCUUGGUAUGUGCGGGGCUGCGUUUGCAGAAGGUGAGAUAGUGAUCCUCCAAUCACCGUCAUCGAUUGAGUUUCAACGAAAGGAGCAACUGCCUGUUAGUUUGAUUCCAGAGGUAUAUUCAGCUGCUCUAGGAUUUUCCAUCUCCCAAAGCAGUGAUUGGAAAGGCAUGAAAAUAAACGAUCCUUUCGAUUAUGCGAAAGCAGUGGUGAGUGUGACAAUCCCAGGCUUGUCGCACAUUGACAUGGCGCAGGGUCACAGCUACCCUCUGGACACCGACUCGCCUCUCGAGGAGAUCUGGUCGCAAAUGGAAUGGCGGGUCAUGGAGAGGUUCUCCUACACUGGCAACAAAUCGCUUGUCCACAUCAAUCUCGAUGAGGGAAAAGAAGCCUCACAAUUGCAGCUUGGCGAACUGAACCCAGAACCAACUCAACUGUCUGUACUUAAACAUUUAAAUCCCGAGUUGGAAUACGAUAAGGCUUAUUUGAAUCAGAUUGCUCUCCUGAAUGGCAUUGCUAAAAAGGUUGGCGAAGAGAGUGUCGAGAAUGAUGGCUCCCCUGACGUGGUGUGGUUUGUGGUGACCGGCAUGCACCCUCUCAUCGACCGCUAUGGGCUCAAGUCGAAGCAGAUCGUCGAAGCCAAACAGCUGCUGGUCGCCACUCUGCAGAGGCUCACUGAGGCCUACACAAAGGCCUACAACUCAAAGGUGUUGGUUGCCGCCAUUAGUAGUGAUGCUCCUCAUACUCGACGUUACAGAAGAGAUGCACCAACUGAAAAUGUGAAUGAGUUGAAUCUGGCUGAGGAAUACAGCGACGAUUUCCCUGUUAUUUUCAACAUUAUUCUCUGGUUUGGAAUCGCCUAUGCAUUUGUUCUGCUUGCUGUCACAUUGGGCAUCUCUGAUAUGGAUCCUGGAAGAGACUCAAUAAUUUACCGUAUGACUAGCAACCGUAUGAAGAAAGACAACUAGAGCAUUGUUAUACCAUCACAGCACAAUAACUACUAUAUCAGUUAUUACUAUUCAGAAAAAAAAAUAGUGCGAGAACAAUGAUAUUAUUAGUGUACCAGUAUAUUAAGAAAUACAUCACUGCAAAUAGAAAUCACAACUGUUCUGGUUAGGCUACCACCUUCCUUUCAACUUAUUCCAAUGUCAUCACAAAUAAAUCUUCAUUCUUCAAAUAAUGUUAAUUAAUUAGUAUAGAAAUACAUAUUAAUAUCGAUUUAUUUGUAGGUAUUAUUAUUCUAUUGAUUGGUUUUGUGUGGGAUGUAUAUACGAGUAGAUGUAACUUUUAACUUGGAAUAAAUGUUAUAUGGUUGUUCAAAUUUUUC